UUAAGGUACGUAACUUCUAAUCGGAAAGUGGCUAUUUCAAAUCCCGCCACUGUUGGCUCCCUGAGCAAGACCUUUAACCCUCAAGUUGUAUUCCGUCAUAAUUGUAAGCUUUGAAUAAAAGCGUCAGAUAAAUGUAUUGCCGCAAACGCGAAGCAGCGUUUCUUCAGUGCGCACUUUGGCUUGGCCCUCCGGGCGCCCUCUGGCCCGGGGAGUGAGUGCGAGGCUUGGGCAGCCAAUGAGCUGGGACCGGAUACGUUAUAUCCUCCGGGACAAGAGCUACUCUGUUCCCCCUUGCACAUGACGCCAUUUACAGCACAGACCCGACCUUCUCUCCGGAAAGAAGAAGAAAGGAGAAAAACUUGAAAGCUCCGUAGCCAAACAGUCAGAAGACACAUGUUUCUGGAGAGCCGUCCGCCUAACACGCGAUUGAACUUGCCACACUUUAUUAUCGCACAAAGAGUCGGCGCUGCAUAACGACACGGCUCCCCUGCGUUAAUAACGUGUCGGCUUUUACUCGCUUGGAGUGGAUUUCUGCCUCUCUCUGCCUGCCUUUUUUGUGCGUAGCGAAGAAACAUUUCGCAACUGUCCCAAGUUUUCCGAUUUUGUGAAUGGGCUCCCAAGCGCGGUGAGGGAUUCACAACACUGAGCACCAGACCAAUUCAAAGUGGUGAGAUCACGGACUGCAGAUGUGGUCCAGCCGCGUGGGAGACGUCUACCUUCAGAGCACCGAUGGAGACGAGAGCUCAGAGCGACGGUGGAGAGGUGCUGCUGCUGCCACCUGGUGGACACGCCGCCACAGACGACGAGAGCAGUGAGACGCAGGCUCCGCCCGUGCUUGCCCUGCACCAGAUCAGUGCCGCACACCUCAGCAACGAGUACUCGCAGGGGCCCGUGGGCUUGGGACGGCCCCUGGCCGACGGCACGACAGCGCGGGACCAGGCCCUGGUGAGCAGCUCGGUCGGGACAGCGCACACGUGGCCCCUGAGUACCGUGAGCAGGUCGACGAGCGGCACUAGCAACGCCUCCCGUAGCACUGCCCGUAUCAGCACUGACAGCGCCUCCUCGGACCUGAGGCUCCUGGGAAAUGUGGGCAGGACGAGCGGGAGGCACGUAGUGCGGGUGCAGCCUAAGCGGAGCGAGGUCACGCAGGAAGUGCUGAAGCCCCUGCGUGCGACCUCAGACGAGGAGAACGGGACUGGCGGGGGCGUAGAAGGGAAGCACUCGCACCGGUGCAAACGCUGCGGCCGCUGCAGGUGCGCGGAGUGCGCGGAGCCCCGCCCACUCCCCUCCUGCUGGCUGUGCGCUCGCCGAUGCGUGUGCUCGCCCGAGUCGGCUGUCGACCACGCCACGUGCGUGUGCUGCCUGAAGGCGCUGUUCUACCACUGCUCCAGCGAUGACGAGGACGAGUGCGCCGACAAACCCUUCUCCUGCCGCCAGCCCCUCUGCUGUGUGCGCUGGGGUACGGCUGGCGCCCUGACCCUGCUCCUGCCCUGCCUACUGUGCUAUCUCCCCGCGCGCGGCUGUCUGGCUUUGUGCCAUGCCUGCUACGAUCGCGCCAAAAGGCCCGGUUGCCGCUGCCACAGUGCCAGGCUCACCCACUGCAAGAACGUUGAUGUGUAAGCAGAGGAUAAGAGGAGGUGGCGUUAUGGGUGGCCGUGGGCAUUGUAGUUUUGGCACUGCAGGGUUAACCCUGGAACUGACUGGCAUAUUUGUGUGUAAUUUCGUUUUGGGGUUUUUUUGAGGGGGGGGGGGGGUUGUCAUGUGUUCACCUGUAAGUGCUGGAGGACAUAUCAUUAUCAUAGCUCAUUACUCUCCUCUCACCUGUUGUUAAUCUGAAGCCUUGAAUGUCGUCAAUAGUCACAUUCAGUAACAUGACUGGUGUUGUACACAUUUCUCCAACUAACCUUUGUGCCUGUAGAAUCCACAAAGUUUGUAAAUUAGCAAGCAAAUGCCCUUCUUCAGAGAUGUUUUAUUUUUGUAUAUAUUCCAACUGUGAAAAGCCUUGAUAGAUCUUUUUAUAUGAACAUUUAUCAUAAAUACAUAGCAUUGUGCAUUCGUUUUGAAUGUAUAUCAAUCAUUUUUUAAUAUUUUUUAAAAAGUCUUACAUGAAUUAUCCCUACAUCUUGUAAAAUUGUACAGUGACCCUCAAAAAAAGUUUAUUUUCUAAUUCCAACACAUUGUUUAGUGUAAAAAUAUUUAUUUUAAGCUUUAUUAUUUUAUUAAAAAAUAUUUAUUUGAAGAAGCAUCCGAUAGACAUCACCCUGACUGUGA